AUGGUUGCGAACGGAUCUCAACCCCUGUGCCCAGGUGGUGAACCUAGUCCGACAGAGCAGCAGCCCCGUAACUUGCUGCGAGUGGACAACUUGAACACAGAUCCAGCAAUGAUCGUAUUGGCGCAAGUCAAGUUCAAUGAGUUUCACACUGUCCCGAUCUCCUCCAAGACCCAGGAGCAGGAGUGUGGCCCUGCCGUGGUACUGCCCCCCGUAGCCCUUUUGAGGAAGAAUGCGCAGCCGCAGAGGAAUUGGAAGAGUUGA